UAUAAAAUAAGGGCCAAUAUUUUUUUUUAUAAUCUCUUAUUUUAUCUAUUCUAUACAUUUUGACAAAACUUUUUCAAAAAAGGGUAUAUCUAAAAAAAAUUUCUGGCAUCUCCUUCCUUUAGGGUGAAUUCACAGUAGAGAGCGACAGCGACACGACAAAAUACAAAUAUAUGUAAUUACCAAUGACUAUUCAUAGUGAGCUUUUGCGACGCGACACGACAAUCCCGCCACAUUUGUCGCAUUAAACUUAAAAAUCAAGUUACAAAUCAUUUUGUUUUUUUCCAUACGACAUUAACUACAAUAUGGCCGAAAUACAAAAUUUGCAAAAAAAUAAUUCCAUAUGGAAAUCCAUAGCAGCAGAAAAUAGUAUUGAGACAGUAGAGAUAGCUAAAUCUACAGAUUCUUUUUUGAGGGAACAUAAAAAGUUGAAAUGUUUAAAAAGUGGGUCAGGGGCUGAUCACAUUCCCACCUGGAAAUUUUAUAAUAAUUUAACUUUUUUGAUUCUCACUAUAGAAUCUGGGAAACAAUACAUCAACCUGAAAAAAAUAAAACCUCUUAUACAUAAUAUUGGUGAAGCAAACAUUGCUAGAGCAAUGUUUGAACAGAUGAGUGGAAAUUUCCAUAUAAAGAUGCUGUUGAAAUUGAAUGUGUAGAGACUAGUCAGAGUCAAUCUACAGAUGUUAGGAAUGAUGCAUCACCAUCAACUAGUGAAUCUUAUGUACCUGGCAAAAAGUUAAUUAAAAAGAGAGAUAUUGAUCAAGAUUUAUUUGUUCAAGUUCUUGAAAUUGAAAGAAUAAAAGAAAGCAGAAAAUCAACAAAUUCUUGGAUCAAUGUGAUGCUUGAGCAGACCCUGGCAAAAAGAUCAGAAAGGGGAAAGAAGAAGCUUAUUAAAAUUAUUUUUGAUAUUCUCUUCAACUUUGACACUGAUGAAGAAGAAUGAAAAAUAUUAUAUAUUGUUAUUAUUUCAUUGGAGGCUUUUAUAUUAUUUUAAUUAUA